CAUUCUGCUUCCAUUGAGUCAGACAGCUGAGUCACUCACUGAGUGCACAGACGAGUGCACUUCGACGGGGACUCUUCAGUAGUCCAAGUGGCGAAACGCAGAGCGAAUGUUAAGUGCGAAAGGAGUUUGGGGUUUUUUUUCGUGUGUAUUUUGAGUUCUAGCGGCUGGCAGAAUGCUGACGGUGACGUUGAGGACGCUCCAGCAGCAAACGUUUAAAAUUCACAUCGACGCCGAGGAGACGGUUAAAGUGUUGAAGGAAAGAAUCGCAGAGGAGCGAGGAAAAGAUGUGUUUCCCGCUGCAGGGCAAAAACUCAUCUACGCAGGCAAAAUCUUGAACGACGACAUGGCGCUGAAAGAAUACAACAUCAGCGAGAAAAACUUUGUGGUUCUCAUGGUCGCCAAGCCCAAAGCGGCGCCCUCCCCUCAACCCACCCCAAAGUCGACCCCUGAAUCUGCGCCGCCCCCCGAUUCCUCUUCGACGUCAGAACCGGCAUCCUCUUCUUCGUCCUUGCCCUCCUCAUCCGUGUGCGUCCCCAGGCAAGAAGAAGCCGCCGCCGCCGCCACGUCGGCGGAAGUGCCCCCGCCGCCCGCCCCGGAGAACACGCCCACCACCUCUCCCGAAGAUGCGUCCCCACCGUCGGCUGCCACCCAAGACCCCCCCGAAGCCGUAAUCCCCUCGACGGUCACGACGGAUGUGCAGAAGCCCGGUGACACGCCGGCGGAGGAAGCGGCAAGUCGAGCGUCCGUCCGUUCAUCAGAUUCCAGCGUGGCGGACGAGCUGGGCCUGCUGGAGGAGGCGGCGUCCAUUCUUGUGACGGGCCAGGCCUAUGAGAACCUGGUGUCGGAAAUCAUGUCCAUGGGCUACGAGCGGCAGGCGGUGGUGUCGGCGUUGCGGGCCAGCUACAACAACCCAGACCGCGCCGUCGAGUAUUUACUCACUGGCCUCCCCACCACCGAGGCCGGUGACAUGCCAGCUCUUGGGGACUCUCCAACGGACCCCCCCGCCACCCUAGCCCCCUCUACGCAGACGACGACCACCACCACCACCACGCCGCCAGUAGAGGCCAACCGUCCGUCGCCAGGUGGCGGCGCUGCGCCCGCUCAGAACCCUCUGGAGUUCUUGAGGAACCAGCCUCAGUUCCAGCAGAUGCGUCAGAUCAUCCAGCAGAACCCGGCUCUUCUCCCCGCCCUGCUGCAGCAACUCGGCCGAGAUAACCCGCAACUUCUGCAGCAAAUCACGCAGCACCAAGAGCGAUUUGUCCAGAUGCUCAACGAGCCUCAAGGUGGCGGCGGCGGAGGAGGAGGAGGUGACGGCAGCGGCGGUGGGGGCGAGCCACGGGCGUCGUCCCGUUCCAACUACAUUCAGGUCACGCCGCAGGAGAAGGAGGCCAUCGAGAGGUUAAAAGCGCUGGGCUUCCCCGAAGCUUUGGUCAUCCAAGCGUAUUUCGCUUGCGAAAAAAACGAAAACUUGGCCGCCAACUUCCUGCUGCAGCAAGCCUGGGAUGAUGAGUAGUUUUUUGCUUUGGUUCCCCUACCUCGCAUGUUCGGACCAUCGACGAUGAAAAGUGCUGUCGCCCUGGCACUCCAACGGGCUUUGGUUAUUUUUUUGUGUGUGCGGAAGCAGCGUCACGAUUGAUUGAUUGAUGCAGAUGUUGAAUAAACGUCACCUUUCAUGGUUUCUUUUCUGA